GAUUUUCACCCCGAAGAGAGUCAGGGGACGAGCUGGAGUGAAUCGCCUUGGGGGGUCUAAAACACUGAGCUGGGUUGUUGAAAACACUGUUUCCCUAUCCUGGGAAAACUUCCUUCUUGCGUGAGUAAGUGACAGUCUUAUUGAAGCGGAACGACAGAAAAACGCAUUAGGAAGACCAUCGUAUGCCAAAACUCUCCUUCGUUAUCGUAAAACUCCGAGGCGGAUGAAGGGUAAUGUAUGUAAUCCUAAGCUAAUUUCCAAACUGCUAAGUGCUCCAAGUUUACAUAGAUAUACAAAUUAGCUCAGAAGAACGUCAUGCCGUCUAAUUUGUCCCGAGCUACCCUAUCAAUUUCACUUUGUAAAAAGGCAGCUGUUUCUGACAUUUCGACCAUUGUAUCAUCACACUUGUCUCUGUGGCUUCGAACUACAUCCCUAUAUUUAACAAUAUUGUUAGUUAGGCCAGUUCAUUACCGGAGGAAUUAAGACGAAAACCGAAGUUUACUCAAAAGAACGGAUAUCAUUUGACGAGACACAUCACAACUCGACUUAUACUGGGAAAGUAUUCCAUCUCAAGCCAGCUUUCAGGGAAAAAAACAUCAACAACAAUGCGUCCUUGUUAGGAUGACACCCAUUGGAAAAACAAUGGACUAUCAUCGUCGGGAAUAUUCGAAAGCUUUAUCACUUGACAGGUUUAAAUAGUACUUGAGUACAAAGCCUUGUGAAAAGACGAUUGUUCUACGAAGCGACUAUUGUGCAAACGUAGGUCUGUUGUUAGCGUUUGAAUGACUUUUCUUUAAUGUAUACAUAACUUCUCUUAGCUUUUCAGAGCUGACUUCGUUACUCAGUACCUUUGAAUUCCGUGUCGCGUUCGUAAAGCCAACAAAGUAUCCUUCGAACGAACGAUCGCGACAUGUUGACAGAAAUACCCUCUGAAGAAUUAAUUUGUUUUGGUAUCAUUUUGUCCGCGCUUUCAAUCCUAACUCUUUUGGGAAACAGCUUGGUGUGUCUCGCCGUUUGGAGAUUAAGGAAUUUGCGAAGCUUGACGAACUAUUUAGUGUGCAGUUUGGCAUAUGCUGAUUUUUUGGUGCCUAUCCUUCGUGUUAUUUACAUCAACAUUUCAGUGUAUGCCGGAAAAUGGGUGUUUGGAAUAACAUGGUGUUAUAUAUCGUCGAUGUGCGGCGUGCUAUUAUGCAGUGCUUCCAUCCUUCAUCUCUGUGCCAUCAGCAUCGAAAGGCUUAUUGCAAUAAAAUGGCCGUUAUCGUACGACGCCAAAGUCACUCCGAAAAGAAUUGUCAUCGUGCUGAUAUACAUCUGGGUACAGUCGCUUGUGUUUUCUAUUUUCCCUACUUUUGGUCUCGCCGAGCACCGUUUCAACCCAGUUCUAGCAGAAUGCGAGAUAAACUGGCUCAAAAAGCCAGCUUUGACAGUACUUUUACUCGUGUUUUAUUUUUUCCUGCCUGUUACUGUAAUGCUAAUUGCCUAUGCGAUUAUUUAUAAGGAAGUUCGCAGAAAUAGCCGCAGAAUCUCUGCGCUAGAGAGCGCUGGGAAUCAAGGCUCGCGAAGUAACGUGCUAAAAAGGGAGAUGAAGGCUGUUAAAACUUUGGCAGUGGUCGUUGGUAUGUUUUUUAUCAUGUGGAUGCCAUACUUUGUUACUACAACCAUUCGGGCUUUCAGAGGAGAUGAUGCCAUUCCGGGUGCUCUCCAGAGGACUGUUAUAACGCUAGCUUACGGCAACUCAUGCUGCAAUUUUGUUAUUUAUGCGCUAAUGAAUGCUCAGCUAAGAAACGCGUUCUAUCGUAUUUUGAAAGAGUGUUGUGGCACGCGUGAAGCGAGGAUAGAUUUGAAUUCCACGCGCGGAUUGAACUUGACUACUGUAAGUAGAAACAGGCGAGCUGAAGCACCUAUGGAGAGCAAAGAGAAGUAUCGAAGAGACUAAAUAAAACGAUCCUACUUCAGUACUCAUAAAUAACUAAUGCAGAAUGUCCAGGCAUUUUGCACGAUGGUGGGUAAUGGUUGAGGAAUUCGAGAAGUUGAGUAGUAACAUAUUCAGUAGAUGCGUUUGAAAUACGCGCAUAUUUAUCGACAAGAAAAAAAUUACGUUAAAAAAGUGACUAUGUUUUCAAUAUUGAUCUUAUCUGUGCUAGUCACUAGAAUUUGAGUCAAUAGAUUAUACGUGUGAAGGCAUUAGGAUUAUAUUGAAAAAGUUUCUGCAAAAACAUAAUUUAGGCCAGAAUCGGUUGACUUCCAAGUGAAUUUGAAUUUUUCCUAAACUUGUCCUUGAUUUUUCUCAAAUUCUACUUAGGUAUUAGAUAAAGAUUUGGAUUGACAUAUCUACAGUCUAAUAAUGGCUGUGGCAGGUUCAUGCUCAUCAUAACGCGUAUUAUUAUGAAUUAAAGUUACUGAGAAAAAUCUGA